GCUUGUGACUUUGUGACUUUUCUGUUUCUGAACUUUUAUUCCAUUUCUGAACUGUUCCUAUAUCUGAUGACUUUUUAUUAGAUUGUUUUUCAGAUGUUUUAGGACUUUUUGCUUUUAGUUUAGCUUUUGCACAGCAACAAAGUUGCGUAUGAAUGUAAAUUUAUGUUUUGUUUUUCAAAUUAGUAUUAGUUUAGCAUGUCCAGGCACUGCAGCUUUAAUUGUAUUUGACAGUAGCAUCUCUUGAUACUUUAAAAAUCAUAUUCUUGCAAUUUUCUAUAGCACUUCUUUUGCAUUUUCAAAUGCAUUAUGCUGAAUGUUUCCUCUCUGUGACAUAUGAGAACCUGUGGAGGCCAUUUACAAGUAAAAUGAGGGGGGAAAGUAUAUGAAAAACCAAUUCCCUGAGCUCACCUAUGUGCUUUCAUUUCAUGUUGUUCUUGGUCAUUGGCAACCAUACUGCUCUAUUAUUUUCCAUUACUUCUUCCUUCCCCCUCUUUAUGCUCUGAUACUCUUUGACAGAAUAAAAGGUGUGGAAAUUUGCAUUGUGUUCCUCUGUUCUGGGGUGAGGGAGCAGACUUGCCCUGAUGGUGGAGAAGGGAUUUUUCUUUUUUUUUGCUUUCACCGUGAUCUCUGAUUGUAUUGGAGAUAUUAGAUAAUGGAAGACUUAAGACUAAAAGCAAUCAUGUAGCUCUUUGCUGUCUCUAUUUAAUGUGAUGCGAUUUAAAUCCUCUCCGUCCGACUUGUAUAAAGUUCAGAAACCUCUGUCUAGGCUUCUAAACAUUUGCUUUCUCACAAAAUAUACAACUGACUCAGAAUGGCUUGAAGCCUAAAAAAGUAAAUACUUCAUUUUAGAUGAUGUGAGCUAUGUAAAAAUGGGACAGAUAACUAUUUUUACUCUCGCACAGUUUUUGUGAUGCUACAACCUCAAAACUAAAUCCAAUGUGGAUUAAUUAGCUUUUAGCACUGCUAUCUGUUUUGUCAUUCAAAGUGGGGCAGUGAUUUUAAGUUUAUAAUCCAACGAGAAUGUAAAAUUAUGUAAAAACCAGUCAGCUGUGGAUGGGUAAGACAUAGUCCACCAUAUGUUAUCUAAUGUCUGUGCUAGCAACAAGCAGACUUACAGUAUAAAUAUCCUGAUAUUAACUGUGGUAUGAUAGGGUUUAUGCCAUAAUAACUCAAAAUAGUAAUUCAUCAGAACAGGUUUAAAAAGUGUCCUGUUUUAUCUGACAUGUUCAGGUUAAAUUGAACUGGAAAACCCUCACAAAUAAUUAAAUGUAAUUUUACCAAAGUAUAAUAAUGUUUAUAAAACGGAUAGUUCUGUUCCUUGAUGUUGAUUGGUCAAUAUCUGUGUUUUAUUUACGAUAAAGCAUGGCUAUGACUGCUUCAACUUUUGGCCACAUCUAUCAAUGGCUGGUGGCUUUUACUGUCACAGACACGGCAGGCUCCAGCACCCUCCAAUCACAGCGCACACCAUCCCCAGAAUACUAAUCACCGUCACCUACACCUCAUCAGCACGCUAAUCACCAGCACUACUUAACACACUCUCACACACAGUCACAUUGUCCGGUCUCGUUUGCAUCUAAGGACUUACCUGAAUGCUUACCUUAAGGACUCCUCUUGCUACUUACCUGUACUCCGUGUACCCAAGCUCCUCUCCUCGUCUUCGAUCUGGUGUGAAGUGUUGUUUGAAGUCAUCUACUCCAUUCACUCAGUGAAAUGAUGAUGACACAUUCAGCUGUAAGUGUCCAGCCAGCCAUGGUUGUGACCACUGAUAACUUGAGGCAAAACCAGUGGACCAGCGGAGUGUGUGACUGCUGCGAAGACAUGGGCAUUUGUUGCUGUGGUUUCUGGUGUACAUACUGCCUCAUGUGUAAGACCAGUGAGGAUUUUGGAGAGUGUCUCUGUCUCCCCUUGCUGGAGAUAUGCUUUGGAGGCAUGUUGCACCCCAUUACUCUCGCCAUGAGGAGCAGUAUGAGAGAGAGGUACCACAUUAAGGGUUCGAUACAAAAUGACUGCUGCGUGGUGACCUGUUGCCCUGUGUGCGUCUGGUGUCAGAUGGCGAGAGAGCUGAAGGCUCGACGGCACUCCCUAGUGGUCAUUAACCAAACCAUCAACCCAGUACACCAGCAGCCACAAGCUUUUAACCAACCAUCUCAAGCCGUGAAUAUGGGCUACCAGCCUCCACACGCCAUAAAUGCUGCAUACUAAUGACUUCAGUGCAUAUGUGCACAUCUGUGCUUCUUUAACCUCAAGCUCCCCAAAGAGCAAAACCUGCUGUUUUGUUGAACAUAGUGGGGUCAGAAAAUCUGUUGAGUUCAAUCUUUAUACCUAACCUUCCAGUUUAAACUCUUCCAGUAUUUUUUUUUUUUCUUAACAAAACAAUAUUUAAUGACAACAAUUUCUAUGGCCUGGUUUCACAGACAGGGCUUAGAGUAAGCCAGGAUUAGGCCUUAGUUCAGUUAGGGUAUUUAAGUUUUAAUAAACGUACCCUAGGAAAAAAAAAACAAAAAAACACUUUACUGGUGUGCAUCUUGAGACAAAACAAUGGCUCUGACAUAUUUUAAGAUAUGUCAGUGCAAGUUAAAAAACUCAAACAUGCAUUUUAGUCUUGGACUAACUUAAGCCUUGUCUGUGAAACAGGGGAUAUAUAUUUUUUUUAGCAAUUUCCUCUAUAGACAAAUUGCCAUAUAUAUAUAUAUAUAUAUAUACAUAUACAUAUAUACAUACAAACACGUGUGUGUGUGUGUGUUAGAUGCUUUUGACAGUACUAAUAUAUAUAAAGCAAAGACUGGGUGUACACCUGUUUAAGUAAAUAUAUAUAUAUAUAAUAUAAAUAUAUUGCCUAUAUUGUAGCCAAAACAAAAUAUGUAACUGCAGCAACAAGCAAAUCCUUGUGACCACACAAGUGUUAAGGAAUAGUGACAGUCCCACAUAUUUCUAAGGAAACUCUAUAAACAGAAAGCUUUUCUUUUUUGCUCUCUGAAAAGCCUCCUGUGGACUGGUGUUGAAAAUUAGCAUGUGUGCUAAAACACUUAAGCAAGUGGUUCGUUCCAAUGUAACUGUGAUAUCCAUGUCAAAUAAAAAUGUAAUAAUAAUAAUAAUAAAUCUAACCUUCUCGGAAAUGAAGAUUAUAUUAAAUUGGUCAAAGGUAUUGUUUCCGAUAUUGUUAAUGAUAAUAGCAUGGUUUCCUGGACAAGUAAAUGGAAAUUCUUUAAAUACAAACUUCGCCAGUUAUCUACUUCAUAUAGUAAACAGCUAAACUGUAAUGUCAGGAUGGCAUGUAUAAAUGUGGCGAUACAAGCGUUACUCCAUUUCUGUUAUUUACAACUGUGCAACAUGUAGCAGCAUUAACGCACUCUGUGUUGACUCCCCAUCUACCGUAUAUACUCAUUAGCUACGCAUAUCACAACAGUUACAAGUUGCUCUAUACAUUACUGUAUAUAACCAGAUUCUCAAACUGUCAUUACAUCUUCCCCUGUUUUCAAAUAUUGUUCUGCAUUAAAAUGUGAGCAUUCCACAACAAUACUAAUAAACAUAAUAAACAAACA